CCAACAUAUUCAAUUCAACUAGCAAUAAUUUUGAAAUGUCGCGAAUUUUAUCAGCUUCAUUCAUAAAAUAUCAAAGCGCCGAGGAGGCCGAGAUCUUGAGUGUAGGUGAUAAUAUGGAUGAGCGCGGCAAAGAAUUGGUGCGGCAAUUAUAUGCGCCACUCAAAGUAACCACAGAGGAUUUGAGCCGUGAAUACACUUCGUCCGAGGUGAAACAGCUGUGCCUUCGCACAAAAGUCCGGGUGAACAUGACGCUUUUCAAUUGCGUGUGGGAGGCCAAACGGCGGCUGGAGAAGAAGGGCCGCCUGGCCAAUCGUUCUGAGCGCUUUGUGAACGCGAUGCUGGUGAAGGCGGUAACCAAACAAAUGGUUAUACCCUAUUCGUCAGAAGAGAUUAGCAAAUGCAAUCAUAUUCGCGAGUGCCAGCUGAAGAAGGUCAACAAUUGCCGGCUUAAUCGCUGGAGCAAUGAAUCCUCACAGAGCUCGGUGCUGGAGCGCACUCAAUCAAAUCAGUCGUCUUUGUUGCCGCCGGCACAGAUGGCGAAUGAAUCCUCAGAUAUACCCUUGAAUCUCGUAGUUACCAUCAAUUCUCAAGCCUUACUGACUCAACCGGUUAUGUGGGUCAACGGAGAGACACCAGAGAGCCCAGCUAAAUCAAAGGAUAUGGCCGAAGCUGUCGAUGUAUCCAUAGAAUCCACACCAGACAUGGCCUGGGCCGAGGCAGCUGCCCAAGUCAACACAGAGUCGAUGACCUUUGAGUCACGUGAUCUUGAGCUGAACACACAGCAAACGGAGAGCCAGCCAGUUGCCCUAAGCAACGAGGAUUAUGAGCUCUUCGGCACCCAAGUGCCGGCCACAUCCACACAGACCCCCACACAGUCCACCGAACCGUUCCUUUAAAUUCGAAUUGACUCAUAUUAUAAAUAUAAUUUUGUUUUAUGACCGAAAUUCAUUACAACAUGCUCUCGAAUAAAUAUAUAUUUAUUUUUAUAACA